AUGGGGGCGGGUACGUGGGGCGUGUGGGGUCUCAGUGCGAGGCCAUCUCAGAACCACCUCAAUCCAACUCCCACUAUCCCUUCUCCCCCCCUCCACCAGCCGGCAUGGCUGCCGGGCAUCAUGAGUGCAGACCCGGACGUAAACCCGGGGUUCGGCGAGUGGAACCUGGCAGUGGCAGUGUACUGCGAUGGGGGCGGGUACGUGGGGCGACGGGGCGAGGUGGCUGUGGGCAACACAACGCUCCACAUGGACGGCUGGAAGAUCAUCAUGGCCAUUCUCGAUGGUGCUGCCAAGUCAAGCCCAGUGGCACUGCUUCUUCCCGAGUUGACCUUUGAGUCGACUCAAAAGUCAUCUCCCCACCUCUCUUUCCCGGUUCCCUCCACUCGGCAGAUCUUCCGACUGCCCUGGGGCCAUGAACACGCCAAAGAGUGUCUGUUUGGUCUCCGAUGGGGUGCCGGGGGGGGAGGGGGCGGGGGAUUGAGUGGCGGAGCAGGGUUUUGGACAGGAGGUGCUGGAAUGGGGGGAGGAGGGGAAGGGGGCAGGCUGGCGGGAGGGAGGGGAGGUUUGAGGGGAGGGGUUGAUGGGGAGACAGCAAAACCGAAGAUGCUGGGUGGUGAUGGUGGUGCUGUAUUCACAAGUGUUGGCAUGGUUGACAGUGAUUACCACGAAGGCUUUUUGGGAAGUGGUUACGGUGAAGCUGGUUCAGGUGGCGUCAACAUAGCGGAGAGCAGCAGGAGCAGCAAUGGGAGCAAUGGUGACCGUGCCGUUGUUGCAAAUGGUAACACUGGUGAUCAGGCUCUAUUGGACAUCGUUCACAUCUGA